AUGGUGAUUAGGAGGAGGUUCAGGGGCAGAGUAAAAACAUGUUGUAUCCAUGAUCUCUUGUGGAAUUCAUUAAGAAGAGAAGCUGAAAAAGAGAAGUUCUUGUACGUUGUGAGAGAUCAUGUUCAAGUCUUGCCAGAGGAAGCAUAUUCCAACAGACGCCUCGUUUUGCAUUCUGAGAUUGUGGCCAGUGCCGAGCACAAGCCUUCUGUUCCUUUUACUUAUUCCUUUCUCUGUUGUAUUGGAGCUGGACUUCCUCCAUCUACUUCACAGCUAAGGUCUAUUAUUGGUUUUCCGGGCUUCAAACUACUGAGAGUUCUGGACCUAGGUUCGAGUAUGUUCUUCAGUUUUCCACUGGAAAUAGCACAAUUAGUUAAUCUGAGGUAUCUCACGCUCAACUGUUAUGAUGAGCUGCCUUCAGCUAUUUCUGAAUUCUGUCAUUUGAAGAUACUGAUUAUCUCUUCUCACCUAGAAGGUCUAGCUCUACCAGCAGAUUUAUGGAAUAUGGCACGACUAAUGCAUGUCCGUUUAACGAGGGGUUUCAUAAUGCCUGAUCCUAUGGCUUUAUCAGCACUAGUUGAUGGAAAAAGCUCCCAAGUCCUAUUAAACCUCAAACACUUUCCUAUACAAGCUUUGGUAGUUGUUAAAGGGAAGUAUUUGCUUGCAUUCCCAAGUUAA